AUGGCCGCUUCACUUUCAGAUAUGAUCGAUUUUGUGUGGAAGUCCCCGAAACCACUACCUGGAACCAAGAGGCGAGCUCUUGAUAGGAUGCUCCCCGAAAACUUCAAGUACUUUAGAACCUGGGGCUUCAGAAUCUACCGCACAUACUACGGCCCCGAAUCAGAUGAAUCCUGGAAUACCCUUCUCCAAGUCUUGCCGCAGCAAAUCCGCCUUGCACUUGGCUAUCACGAAAUAGACGAAGUCCGUGGGAAGGAUCGGCGAUGGGCUCGUGACACUCACAGAGACGAGGUCGUGUAUUUGGAGCGGUUAGAGGUCAUGAAGAAGCUUUUUCGUCUCAUUCCCCGAGAAGAUCCAGAUUUGCUUGCUGGUCUCGAUAUUGCUGGGGUGGGAAAGGUCUGCCUUGAGGAAGGAGAGCAUGUCGAAAGUGAAAAGAACAUAGUCGGGUCCCGCUUCAAUUUUGCACUCGUUGCAGACGAACGAAUCCUUAAGGACAUCGCGAACAAUAACUUUGUUGUCAAGGCAGUUGGCUACGACUGGGACCCAGUUCAACAUUCCUAUAGUUGGGGUUGGAUCAGGCUUCGCACAGGUGAUUUGCUACAGUUUUGGGAAAAUCUUUUCAUUUCGUAUGAGCUUGAUAUUAGCAAAUACAUGGAGAUUAGCUUCCGAGGACCAGAGGAAAAUCUUGAGAAGAAUGUUUGGAAGGGGGCUUUGUCUCUAUUGCCUUUUGGAGACUGCUCCCGGGUCCAGAUUACGCGCGAAGACGAAGGAAGUGAUAGCUUCAAGUUCGACCCUUAG